AUGACGCGCCGGAGAGCGUUUCCGUUCGCGUUUUUGUCGGCGUUGGCGUUCUGCGGCACAUUCCAACGAGGUACAUCCGCCGUCGCCGAAAGCGUCGAAAAUAAGAGCGUCACCGAAAAAGCGCAGCCAGAGGGCUGCAUCGAGUGCGGUUACUACAGGUGUCCAGAGAACCCCGGGAAAUGCUUGCUGGGCUCGGUACCCGAUCCCUGCGGAUGCUGCCCGGCCGGUUUGUGCGCCCGUCUCGAUGGCGAAACAUGCUGGAACGAGAGCAUCAGUCUUCUAUCGCCGAAGAGCCGCAACGACGGUUACUGUGCGAGGAAUUAUCUGUGCGAGUUGCGCUCCGAUCUGCAGGACGAGAAGGAUGCUCCGGAGGCCAUCUGCGUCUGCAUGGAGCAGACCCCCGCGUGUGGCAGCAAUAAUGAGACUUACGCGACGCCGUGCGCCCUGCACGAGGAGGCGAUGAAACUUCGAAACUUGUCCUCCCUGUGGCUGCAGCAUCUCGGCCCUUGUCAGAGCAGACCGUGGAUCCUGUCGCCGCUGGAGGACGUCGCCUCGCCUCUCGGCCAACGGGUCGCGCUCAAUUGCGAGGCGAAGGGCUUCCCCGUGCCGGACAUUUUUUGGGAAUUUCACUCGGCGGACGGCAGGAGAGUGCUGAAGUUACCAGGAGAGGAGCACGAGGCGACGGUACACACGAGCGAGGGUCCAGAGCCCCUUAUGCGAACAUCCUGGAUGCAGUUGGCUCGACUGAACAAAGAACACAUUGGGAUGUAUCAUUGCAUCGCCAGCAAUUCCAUGGGCGAGGCGAGCGCGGCUUCGUUCGUGUCCAUGUCGUGAGAUUGUGCUCGCGUCCCGCGAGGUAAUCUCUCACGUGACCGCCGCGCAUCCACGACCCACGUAAAGAGAGUGCGGAGAGAGAGAGAGAGGGAGAGAGAGAGAGAGAGAGAGAGAGAGAAAGAGAGAGGGAGAGUGAGAAGAGAAAUGAAGACAAAAGGGGAGGGGAAGAAAGGUAUAACCGUUCAGAAAAAAGAUUUAUCUUUCUCAGCAAACGGACGUAUCGCACAGGUGGUACAAUUCCCAAUCGCGUGACGAUCUCGUCGAGACGCGCGAACCACAGUUGGCUUGUAACAUCCGCUUACGAUCGAUUAGACUCGACUCCUUUUGUAUAAUCUAUACUUCGAUGCUUCCCCGAAUGCAUAUUCCGCUAUAUUAAAUCCCGAUGCCGUGUAAUUAUCCUUCCGAGUCUGCCUGUGUGACGCGAAGUUCCCGUCCCUUGUCCUCGGUCGUUACCAGUCGCUCUGCGGCGCCGGCGGUGGCCUGCGAGGAACAAUCGCGAUUGUAUAAAGGCAAUUUCACCGGGCGAACGCGACUUUCGUACGCUCGCUUUCGAUGUUACAUCGCUGCAAUUAUUCGAGCACAAAGAGGUAACGAGAAGCGAUGCUGUCUCUAUUUUCAAACUGUACUCACUCCGGCGUUUGCCACGUCCUGUCGCCCGUAUCCGUGUUAAGACUGUCGCUAAGCAUUAACAUUGGACAUUGUCUUCACUUUCACAAUUGAAAAGGCGGCUUAAGAUAGUUGGUCCGUAAAUUACAGUUUUUAAGGAUCUACUUGAAUUUUAACAGUAUAUCAAACAAAGUAUGAUCUACGCGCACGUGUAAAAUUAGAAAAAAAUUGACUAUACCAAAGUUGGGAUAAUUUACGUAUCAAUUGAAGUUAACAUUAUUUGCAUGCAUCACAAGUACGAAAACGGCUUUCGAAAUUACGUUUCCAAUAGAACUAUUAAUCUUCGGUAGAUUUUGAAGUAUCGAAGCUUCAAAUCUUCGGAGAUUCGACAUUCGAGUGUCAAAGUCUUCAAAAGAAAACGUUAGCCUUAAUUUCUCAUUCUAGCGACCGAACUACCCUUACUGUUUUAAUGAAUAACAUGAAGAAUAAAAAAGACUUACAGGAAUAUUAUCGAAAAAAAUUAUAAUAUCAUUUACCGUUUAGUUCUUCAGACAUUGAUAUGUAAAGUAAUA